AUGGCAGCGGCGUGGCCUACUCAUUCACCGAGUGCCGCGGCAAGCACUACGUCGGUGCGUCCUUCUUUGCCUCUCGCGAUCUUCUGCUCCUACUCUGAGCCGAGAAAAGCGCACGCGCGCGCCACAGUCAUAUGCGCAGGCCAACAGAUUGUUGACGGGAAGAUCAAGGUUGAGUUCGGGUCAGAGGUUACCAGGAUCACGGCGACCGGCGUCGUCUUUGCGGAUGGCAGAGCACUCCCUGCGGACAUCGUCAUCGUCGCGACCGAGUUCGACGACACCAGUGCGCCAAUCUGCAAACUCAUUGGAGAGGACGAUGGAGCAAAGGUCCCGCGGAUCUGGGGCCUGAACAAGGAGCGCGAGCCCCGGGGCGUCUGGCACGAGAUCGAGGGCCUGCCGAACAUGUGA